ACCGGGCUCAGAUCGACAUCAUCCGGAAGCUGCACGCCUCUAAAACGAAGGGCCAGAGCGGCAACGGCGAGCGACUCGGCAUCGGACUGGAGCAGGUCCAGGUUCAGUUCCAGUCGGUCCUGGACGCGUACAUCGGCGGAAGCCUGUCCAYMGAGGAAAUGCGGGAAAAGGUGGAGUGGGACAAGCGGUGGACGUGGCCGUUUGAUGGCUACAGGGGCAUCUUUGAAACGGCGAGGGAGCURAAGAUCCCACUCGUGGCCCUGAACGUAGAUUCCGAGGACCUGGCCAAGGUCGAGAACGGAGGCUUCUCGAACCUGCCRCCCGAGAAACGCAGCAAGUACAUCCUCGAUCCGGAGGGYUUUGCCGCCUUUGCCAAGCCCGGAAAAUACAAGUGCUACGUGGAAUACGUCAUCCUGCCGUCCUUCGACAUGCACAAGAAGCUGGGCCUCCUGCAGUACACGAUGUCGGGGGAAAAACUCGACGAGGAAAUGAAUUUCAAGAAAUUCUUUAGCGGGCGAAUCCUCUGGGACGAGGCCAUGGCCUCCGGGGCCUACCGGUGGACCAGGGACAACCCGAACGGCCUCCUGGUGGGCCUCGUAGGGGCCGACCACGUCAAAUACAGGGCCGGCAUCCCCGGGAGGUACGACCGGAUGGUGGGGAACAGCAGGGACUGCGUCUCGGUGAUGCUGAAUCCAUCCCUCAUCGACACGCGGCCCUCGGGCUCCGUCUCGAUGGAACAAAACACACUCGAUCCGAACCAGCUGACGCUCCAGCUGAUCUAUGCCAAGGACGGGGUGGACGCUACCACGGAUGCACGCUUCCUCGACGAAAACAUCGGGGGAUCCUUUCCUCUGGCGGAUUACAUCGUCACGAGCAGCAGCUAGACGGUGACACCAGUCCGUGGCAAGACGAGCGUCCCGCAGUACAAGGACAGACAAUAACUGAGAACGAGAACGAGAACUAGAACGAGAACGAGGCACCUCAAUAGCUUAUAGACUCAAAC